AGCGCUACAGCGUCCGUCAGCUUCACGCAGCUGUGGAGCGUUCUGGGUUGAGCUGGUUUAGCUGAUAGUCUUUUUCUAAAAAAAAUCCACAAAAUAAUCGGAUUUUACGCUUGCAUUUUACUUUAACCUCUCUAAUCGGUCGGCGGAUCUGAUCUCGGUGAAGAUGAAUGGAGCAGCGUUCCCCUCUCCCACAGCCGAGAUGGCGGAGAUGAACCGGAUCCACUAUCAGCUGGAGUACACAGAGGGCAUCAGUCAGAGAAUGCGUAUUCCUGAGCAGCUCAAAGUGGCUUCGUAUAACCAUGAUGAGCAGGAAAUUUCAGAGCAUGAGACGCUCCACACAGCAAUGAUGCACGUUCCCGAGAGAAUUGUAGUGGCAGGAGACAGGAAUGAAAUGCAGUUUCCCAGAGAUCUGGACCUCAUCCAGUCCACCCAAAUGGAGUCAACACUGUCCCUCAAGACACCCCCUCGAGUCCUCACGCUCAGCGAAAGGCCCAUCGACUUUCUCGAAAUGGAGCAGCCGAGCUCCGCCAGUCAGACCAGUGAAGAAGUGCGCAUGCAAACCAGGACACGUAGAGAGCGCUCGGUCAGCGAGAACACAAGUGUGCAUCACAAUGGCCAGCUCGCAAGAAACGACUCCAUGGGUAUGACUCUCUCCCCCUCUGCUGCAUUGCGCACUAUGGCUCCUCUCGGUGGUGCCGAGGACGGGUUUAACCUCUUCAGCUCCCGCGGUGUCCUUUCCUUCAUCCAGUCAACCACACGUCGGGCCUACCAGCAGGUCCUGGAGGUCCUGGACGAGAACCAGCGCAGCCAGCCAUCUCUUAGAGGGGGUUCAACCCUUUCUAACCCCCAGCAUGACAGCAGGCAUGCCCUGGCCCCACUGGACUCGACUAUAGAGGGAGGAGCAGAUGACAUGGCUGUGGUGGACGCCACCUCUCUACGCAGACAGAUUGUCAAGCUGAACCGGCGUUUGCAGCUCUUGGAGGAGGAGAACAAAGAGAGAGUCAAGAGAGAAAUGAUCAUGUAUUCCAUCACUGUUGCUUUCUGGCUUAUCAACAGCUGGGUUUGGUUCCGUCGCUAAAGCUACAUGGACUCAGCAAUGUGGGAGGGGCAAAAUCAGAACUCCGCCCCUCUGUUCUAUGUGUCAAACUUUAGCCAUGUUUUUUUUAAUGGCUAAAACAUUUUAUUUUCUUCUCAGCAAGAGCAGUAAAGUCAGGGAUAGCAUUUUUGUUUGAGUUUGUCUGUUUUAUUUUAUUACUAUAAAUAUGUAUUUAUACUUUGUUAUUAUUUGUACAACCGUAAAAAUGUUCCUUUUCUUGGUUUUGUACUUUUUUUUUUUUUUUUUUUUUUGCACAUUUUUUGUUUUGUUUUACUUUUUACUUUUUUUUUUUUUUUUUUUUUUUUGUGAGCCAAGCAUGAACCAGAUGUAUAUAUUACUUCACUUGUCUUUGAACUUUGGUUGUAAUCAUUUAUUUCUCCAUAGGUUAACUGUACAAAAUUAGUACAAUGUUAUGUCAACUUUUACAGAGACCAAUGGAAUGGAACGCAUUGAUAUAUCAUAGACAAAAGAAAUGAAUAUAAUAUUAAAUAAUAAUAAUAAUAUUUAGGGACUGUUGUGAUUUUAGGUACAUUGUGUACGUCUAUGUUACUAGAAACAUAGAAACCAUACUUGUCAAGUGUGAGAUUAGUCAUUAUUUAUGUACAACAGCCCAUUAUCGUAAUAUGCUGAUGUUGUAAUUCUGCUACAACCUUUUCUGCAGGAUAUUACUGAAAUGAUACAUGUUCAGUUUUCCUCUUAAUGGUCCAUAAACAUUGUAUUGCAAACGCUUUUAAUUGAAUAAAUGACAACUGUGAACUGCA